AGAAGAAAUGCAGCAUUAUUAUUGGAUCUGAAAGAGGAAGUCCAACAAAGUUGCUCUAAAUAUGGUGUUGUGAAGAAAGUGGUCGUUUAUGAUAACAACCCAGAAGGCGUAGUUACAGUAACAUUCGAAACAACGGAUUCUUCGGAUAUGGCUGUCAAAAUGCUCAACGGGAGGCUUGUAGAUGGACGAAGGCUAGAAGUGGCUCUGUGGGAUGGUAAAACGAGGUAU